CUUGCUCCGUUGCAUUGCACCAGUCCAAAUCCAAAGAAGAUCCCAAGUUUGAGUGUUCCACCGCGACCGAUAGAUCUUAGUCUUCCGGGAUCCAGUUUCAGUCCCCAAGGAUCCAGACUGGAGCGAAACAACAACAGCGCCAACAGCCACAUCCAACGCACCCAACCAUGACAAAGAUAUUGGGCAGCGACCGCUACCAGGACCAGCGCUUUCUCUAUAGUGAAGUAUAACUUGUAUUACCAUGGGCGAAGACGAAGACGCACGUCAUCGGCGAGAAGAAGCUGAACGUCGUGCAAAGCGAAAGGCUGCCAAAGCAGGGUCUCGGUCUGAUGCCCAGCGAGCUAAACGAAAGGAGCAUGCAGCACGGGUUCUUGCCAAGCACCAAAAAGGUGGUCCAUCUCCUCCUUCCAAACGACACAAAGGAGAAAAGGGCAAACCACCGCCUCCACCAUUGCCUCCCGGAGGUACUCCAUCUCAUUUUCAGAAUUUAUUCACACAACGUGCCCAAGGGUUUCAGAUCGAUUUUCGCUUUCGAAAUGCUCCUCCUAGACCACCAGUGGGUCCAUCCUUUGUGGGUCACUCCCUAGACGGAGUGCUGGUGGAAAGAAGUCGCCAGUACAAGGCAUUGAAUGCCGUAGAAGUCAAUUACCAAUGGAAAUUGCACAGUGAACCUGAUCUGGGUGUACCAUUGGCUCCAUCUGCCAUGGACGUAAAAUCCUACAAAGCACCUCCCAAACAUGGCCAAGACGAAGAAAACAAACCCAAACCAAAAUUACAUCCCGAUGACGAAGCCCUCUUGGAGUGGAAGGGACCCUUGGGAGAUACAGCCGCCGAAAACCUCAAGAAGAGACAAGAUCAAAUGCGUGCUGCUGCUCGAUUGGCCCUGUCAGAAGGAAAAGGCCGUAUCCCCAAUAUUUUGUUGCCAGCUAAUGUGGACAGACUCACCAGCCCUGCGGCAGCUGCUGCAUCGGUGUCCUCCAAGAAGGCAUUCUCUCGUGUGCUGGAUGAAGGCAUGCAGACUUGGAUGAAAAAGACAACCUACCUCAGUAAUGACUACAGUCGAAAGGUACACGACUUUAAGUCCUUGGCAUCCACCAAGCAACAGUUGGAAAAGGAUUUAGAAACGAAACAACAACAGAUGAAUUUGAAACGAUCAGCCCCAGCCAUCAAGAAUACUUUCACUGCAGCAACGAUGCCUCCAACCCAUCCAACCAAAAAGAACAUGAAACCCAAAGCUAUCAUGUCAAUCUUGCCCAACGUGGACCAUUGGGGGUUUUCGUAUACCCAUGUUGUCAUUGACAAGGCACCGAAUAUUGAUAUGAUAAAGUCGGAUCUUGCAAAGGCUUUCAUCGCGAACGUGCAACACACAGAUAGCCAACACACAGAUAGCAAAAUGACAUGUCAACUCUGGUGUCCACCGCCACCCAAGGGCGAUUCCGAUUCUGAGGAUGACGACGAAGAAAAAUCAGAAGACGAAAAGGACAAGGAUCCACCGGGCACAGCCCGCUAUCACCCUGUCCAGGAAUAUGACUUGGAUAUUGUGCCACUCAAGGAAGGUGAUCAACCCCAUGCGAACUUUUGCCUGUGGGUUGACCCCAAGAGCAAGGUGGCCACCUAUCUGCCUCUCAGUUCUCGUGUGCAGCUGUCCACUGGCCGGCCUGUCAAAGGUCGUACGUUGCGACGUGUUGCCCGUCGCCCCAAAGGAGAAGCCGACAUGGAGGAAAUCAAUGAACAAUUGGCGGAAGUCGACUACGAUGUCGCCCAGAAGAUUGGUCGACCAGCACCCAGUAAACCGGCCCCUGUUGCAAAUUCGAAUUCCAAGGAUGACGGAGACGAUGGUGAAGAUUUUGGUGAUGACGACAGUGAUGACAGCGACGAUGCCGUCAACAAGAAACCCACCCCGGCAGCAGCAGCCAACAACGACGACGACGAUGAUUCUGAUGAUGAAGAAGAGACGUUUGGGGGGUUGAAAACGAUUGUAGCCGAGAACUAAAUGCAGUUAAAGCAUGCGUUUCCUUGC